ACAUAAUCGCACCUUUAAAGUAAAACCGUUACUAAACGAAAAUUUUCAUGAAUUGAGUUAUCAAUGCCAUCUAGGUCAAAUUAACGUAAAUUACAACAUAAACUUGUCAUUUUUGUAAAAUAUUGUAUUUUACGCCAUCUAGCGGUAAAUUAAAGCGUUACUAAACCGAGUUAUGAUCGGCUCGCGAAAUACAAUAUUGUGUCUAUACCAGUAAGAACAUGUUCGUAGAAGAGUGAUAACGGAAGUUUAAAGUAACAGUGUAAUUAUUUGGAUAAACACGGCUGUAUGUCACAGAAAAGGUCAUGGCGCAUUUACGGAACCCACGUUUGUCACGCAUUUUGGAGGCUAUGGAAUCUAAGAAAGAUUCCGUAAGUACUGAAAACCCCAAACUAAUAUCCAUGGACGACCUGGAUUAUAAUUUUUCACGCGAUGCAAAUCCGAUUAUUGUCGAUACUUGUAGAUCUCCUUCUUUAUUGCAAGAACAAGCACUAUCACAGUCCGUUAGUGAUACUAUGGAAGCUGAUGUUCAACCAGUUGAUGACGGAAUACCAAAUCCAUAUUUGAGCGGUACUGGUUUUCCAGAAUUAACUCCAGAAGAAGACCUUACCAGACCAGGUCCUAGCAGUAGAGCAAGAUCCAAUUCAACUAGCUCAAAAUCAUCUUCAAGUUCAUCAUCAACAAGUUCAUCUUCAUCAUCUUCAUCUAGUGCGUCUGAAUUAGGUAAGGAUUUUUCCCCUGAUGAGGCAGAUUGCGAUCCUGAUUAUGUACCAGCAACCCCACCUAGGCGUGUAUUAUUUAGCCCAACUCCUCAAAAUAGUAUUUCUGUACAACUAGUUGAAGAAAAUAAUUUGGGUCCUCCAGAAGAUAACAGAACUCCGAACAAACGAAGACGUAAAGGAUUUCCAAAAGCAUCCGUGAGGCAAGAUGCUAAAAGACUUCGUAAUAGUGGGCAACAAUAUACUUCUGUGUCCCAGUUUAAAAAAGUCAUGCCAAAGAAGCAGAUAGGACCCCCAUGUGGGGAAAAAUGUAGACUAAAGUGCAGCGAAUUGAUCAAACAAGAAGACAGAGAAAUUAUUUUUGACAAUUAUUGGAAAAUGGGAGAUUUAUCUAGACAAAGAGAUUAUAUUGCAAAGUGUAUUAAUGUUAUUACACCUAAGUAUCAAUAUAAAGUUCAUAAUAGCAAUAGAGGACCCAAGCAUUCAUUUUCAUUCGAGAUUAACAAUAUUAAGCAUCGUAUCUGUAAAACAUUCUUCAAGAACACGUUGGCCAUUAAUAAUCGACCUAUUGCAACUGUGAUAGCAAAAAAGAACCAAGCGGGAACGAUUGAAGAAGAAAAAAGGGGUAAACAUGGAAAACAGUACAAAAUAAGCUCAGAUAUAAUUAAAGGAAUAAAAAACCACAUAGACUCAAUCCCCAGAAUUGAAUCUCAUUACCUAAGACAACAAAUAACUCGUGAAUUUAUUGAUGGGGGUAAAAACCUUACAGAUCUUUAUACCGACUACCAAACACAAUGCUUGAGUGAUGGUGUUGAAGCUGCUAAAAUUCAUACAUAUAGAAAAGUGUUUAAUGAAGAUUACAACAUUGGCUUUCACACACCUAAAAAAGACCAGUGCGAACUAUGCAUUAGCUUUAAAAACGCUGUUGAUAAAACAAUAGAAUUACAGAACAGACACGACCAACACCAGCUUGAAAAAGAAUUAUGUCGCCAGGAAAAGUCAUAUGACAAAACAAUGAGAUAUGCGGUGCUCAAUUUUCAAAAAAUACUGAAGGCGAAACAGUUAGAAUGA